GUUCGAAAUGCACUUAUCGCACUUGGACUUCAUAUGAAAUCUUGCCCUGGUGCCGAUGGCGAAACUUCUCCAGGAAUGUUCUUAUAGUUGUUAUUGCAAGAAAAUGUAUUUGUCUUCAGCCUAUAGGUAACAUGCAGCUAACACAGUAACAUAUAUAUGGCUCUUGUUUGAUUUGUGUGUCUUCUAUUGAAUCUAAUACUAAUCUAAAGUCCGAACUACAGCACAGGGCUUCCCUCUUUCAUCCACAACCAACGUUCAUCACAAGUCUCGCGUCAUUUCUAACACCACGCUUGUUAAUCCUCUUUCUCAAUGCGCCAUACAGUACUAAGCCGUUCAUUCACCGCAGGCACACACCGCCGCCAACUUGAAUUUCCUCUUUUCAUUAGUGGAAUCCGCCGCCGUAACGAUGUGGCUAUGACGUUGUGCUGCUGAGAUUGACGUUGCGGGUUAAAUUCCAGUAUUAGUGGCCGCAUACCGGGUGGGAGGGUACGGGGGUGGAAGACAGAAAUGUUCGGGUUCGUGCCCUGGGUGGUGAAGGAUGAAUCUCUGGAGAUCAAAAUUAUACCAAGGCAUCCCCUAUGACGUUCUUCACAAUCAGAUUGUCGUUUUGGCAGGUAGAACACGCCAAUGUAUUUAAAUUAACCGUUUUCUAGAGAGCAAGGAACUGGACCAGAGCCCCUACAAACGCAGUGCAAGCUUCCCAGCAAUUGUAAGCAAAAAAAAAAAAAAGCACGAAAAUUGUGGCGUACUUUAGGCAUGGUCUGUUUUCUUAAACCAUCCCACUUGUAAUAAGUCUCAUUGGGCAUUGGAGGCCACUACAUAAACAGACAAACAAACUAACUAAAACAACAAACUAAAGAAACAAGAAAUAAAGAAAGAAAGACAACAGCUACAACGUGCUAUUUGUAACCACUGCAAUAUAGCAGUAGUUUCUGGCUGUUUUGUGCCGUGCAUUCCACUUGCGUCUCUUCCUCUUCCACCAUAUCUCUUUUCGAUGGGACUUUAGUGACUCAAACAGCGUUCGCGUAUUUCCUCGUCAACUUCCGCCCGCAAGCCGAUAUGGACUCUCAACUUAUUUCGUUUGACUGCCGACGCGGCUUUGGCGAACAAGCACUCCAUAAGGUCGGUUUGUUGCUGCAUCUGAUGCCAUCUCACCGAGAGGACAAAAGCCAGACACGCCUAGAAGCUUGCAUCCAACGAUGGAAAACGAGAAGCCGCCACCAUAUGUUCAGUUUCUCCCGGCAGAUGCUACAGUCACCUUGGUCCAAGCCGAGCCAGUGGAGUCCGCGAGAUCAGAAAACAGAGCACGGUCGUCUUGGCGCACACACAAGAGAAUAUUCGUAUGUUGUGUUCCCAUCUGCCUGGCUGCCACAGUGACUGCUUUAACACUGUUCUUAUUCCUUGGGAACAAGUCAUCUUCAACGGCAGAAAAUUUUAAAGGAGCGGAUUUACCUGACGUUGAGAACCUGGCUCUAGUAUCACUUGUGGGCAACUCCAUCGUCGUUACCUGGAAGCGUCCUGAAGCUCGUUUUGACUACUACUGGGUCAGCAUUAGUGAGCACAGUGGGAAAGGCAACGUCGCCGUGAAACAGCACAAUUUGGGCUCCUGUGCCAACGGCACCAUCAUCCAUCCAACCCAGAACCGAGUCACCUGCAGCAACAUCGAUGCUUGCACGAACGUCAGCUUGAGUGUGCGUACGCACGAAAACGGACCACCAGAACGCACAUCUCGAGGAGCUGAAAUAGGAGGCAUUUUUAUUGCCGGAGAAGAUCCAGAUCCCCCGAAGAACAUCACAGUGGUAGGGAUAUCGCCUUCGCUCACCCGACUACAGUGGGCGCCACCGGCUACAUUGUCCCGAAUGCUUAGAUACACAGUUAAAUUGUGCGACAAUUUUACUCCGUGUAACGCAGACGAACGCUUGUCUGGUUGCAUAGACCAGGAGACGUCACAGACCUGGCUGAAUUUUGAAAGCAACGUGAACACGACAUAUUGCGUCGUUGUUGUCGCAAGUGCCGAAUGCGGGCCCCACGUGAUGAGAAGUCGCUCAUCCGUAGCUGAAAUACGGACGCCGUCGUUUGCGCCACCUGAAAUUACUGACCUCAGCCUGGUUAACGUAGGAGAGAACAACUUCACGGUGGCGUGGAAGAGGCCCAUGGCGAGCUUUGACUACUACCGCGUGGAGCUGAACGAUAUCGAGCGCACAUUCGCACCUGCUGUACCCGUGAAUGUGGGUUCAUGCGCAAAGGGCACAAUUCUUCACCCGGACCAGACGGAAAUAACCUGUAACCAGCUGGAGCCUUGGAACACAUAUAUGUUUGAGUUGCGAACGCACAUCAAUGGACCACCUUCGCGAAGCUCUGUUGGCGUUGGGAAGGUCAUUGUAACGAACAAAAAAGCUGAAUCCGAGGUGUCCAAUCUGAAGAUUGGAAACAUCACUGGAACGUCUUUUGCUGUGACCUGGGAACGACCGAAAGAGUGCAUCGAAUACUAUACUGUAGAGGUCACUGACCACAGCAGUGGCAGCAUUGGCGACAGACUCUACGGCGUGGUGUCGUGCCAUAAUGGGGUUCCUAUUAAUCCGAGGCAGACAAGUCUCACCUGCACCAAAUCUGACACGUGCACCACCAUCAGUGUCCGAGUGAAAACACACACGAGAGGCCCUCCGGAACAUGCUUCACCUGGAAUAACACUGGAGAAUGUCCUGAUUCCUGGAACAGGGCUUCCUGAAGUGACUGACCUCAAGUUGGUAGCCAUCAAAAAUGAUUCUUUCGUCGUCACAUUUCAUGCACCAAAGGACUGCGUGGACCAAUUCCAUUAUAACAUCACUGAUCACACUUAUUCUAGUCGUAAAGUGAACCACGGAAAAUGCUUUCACGAGAGCAUGACAAAGUCAAACACUUUUCAGGUCACAUGCAUUGGAGUUGAGGCGUGUGGCAAGGUGGAUUUUGCAGUGGGGUCACGUAAAGCCGAACCACAUAUACCUGAUUCACCUGGGGUCGCGCUGCGCGGUAUCUUCAUCCGUGGUAAAUGUAACGGAUAGUAUUUCCUGUCAAAAUUUUCCAGUUGAUUUUUGAACUCAUAGAAUAAGUCGUCUGAGUCAUUAGGCGUAAUACAAUCCGGAGACAGCAAAACAAAAUGGAGCAUUAUUAAUCUUGUUGUUGGUGCAGUAGUGACAGCGGUAAAAUUUACGGUAGAUCUAAUUCUGUCAGUAUAUACUGAGAAAGCUGUUUAUAAAUUACCGGUCAGUGAAGAAUCGAACACUGCAACAUUUCUCGAGCAUUAGAAAAGGCAAAUAUGAGAACGUUAACCCCAUUAAGAGAUUUAAAAAAUACAAAUAAAAAACUGUUAAAUGGCGCAAGACUUUUCAAAUUUGUUAUGUUAUUCCUUCUUUAACAGUCUGCUGUGGUCGUGUGAUAUGUACUAGCCAGCUGAAUCCGCGUGUCUUGCACUCAAUUUCCGCUUUAGUCCUACUUUCAGUGCUAGCAUAGGCAGCCUCUGGGUAUCCUACAAUCGACGUGCUUACAAAUUCAAUAGUAAUAUCGGCAUUCCUGUUAACCUGCUAUUGAGGAACGCUACAUCUCACCACUCUUCAAUUCCUGUGUUGCCUACACAGGUAAACAUGUGGAUAACGCAACAAAUAUAGCCGUUGCCGCUAUAGUAACGUAGGUCAUUUGCUCUUGCUAUGCGGUUGCCAUUUUCUUUAUUUGUCCGCACGGUGUGACCAUCAUCUGGAGUGCUCAUACAUUAUUGUUGUAAUAAUUGUUGAGGUGUGAAUUGUUCGGUGCCCCAACGUAACAUUGCACUGAAUCUGUAUUACUGGCUAUAAUUUUGACGUGAAAGGCCUUUAACACCGGUCAGAGGGGGCCCGUUCAGAGAGACAUAGCAGAGAGACACUCACCGUUCAGAGAGACAUAGCUGCGCAAUGCACGCCUCAGUCCGAACGAGAGUGGUCGUGUUCGGGAAGGAUUCCUCAAACACAGUAAGUAUGUUCCAUCGAUUACAAAGCAGUGCUUCGCUGAAGUUAUGAGGCCUAAAGGGACGUAAUUUUUUUCCCAGUGAUUUCACACCCUUGUCUGAUAUGGCAGCCUCGUGUUCGAGCCACAAAGUCCAAAGAGUGUGUGAUGAGCCUGGGGAGCAAGACUGACUGAUGAGAGUUCACCCCCGCCACUUUUUAUUAGCGGGCGUUCGUUACGAAGAGCGAAUGAGGGCGGUUUCAAGGCUACUCCCUAGGUUCUCGACUAGCUGUAUGAUAUGUGAGUUAGGCGUGGCCACUUUCUCAUGCGCGGAUAAAUGUCAAGCGCCUAACUUCGUUAUCUUUGUGUAGCGGAAAGGAGCCAGUAUUCGUUUAUGAAACGAUCUCGUGACCAGGUGACGCCCUUAUAAUGCCGCGCACUACGCAGUCUGAGAUAACUUUAGACGCGCAGCUCGGGAGUAUGUUUGUCUGUCAGGAGAGCAGGAAUGGGUGCGUUUCAGAUGGCCCGCUAUGGCAACAGUAGGUUUAGCUUACCAAAUGCCUACUGGAUCUCAUGUUGAAACUAAGUUACUCAUGUAUAAAACUUUAAUUCGCCCAAUGAAAAGCAUAAUAAUAAGCAGUGCGACAUUAACUCGAUUGAGAGCAUACAACGAAAAUCUAGUAGGUUCAUAUGUCGUCGCUAUGAUCACUAUUUUUCACCCUCUCGUGUCUUAUCUGCUUUGAACCUAACCCCUUUAUGCACACGCCGUCACACUGAGGCAUUGAAGUAUCUGCAUGGCAUCGUCACAUUUUCUUAUCGUGUCUCACAUCCCUUAUAUAUUCCUUCAGAUAUUCCUCGGUCAAGUGGGAGUCACCAUGGCCUUAAUAUUAGGCCUUACAUUGCUCGAUGUAAUAAAUUUAUAUACAAGUUUUUCCAACGUACUAUUGAAUUCUGGAACUUAAUUCGCGGAACAAUUAUGUCACUGCCAUUAAACGAUUUCGUGCUACAAGUUAACUACACUUGAUUUUAUGUAUUUUCUUGUUGUUGCAGUGUAUUGACUCAUUCUUGUUUAUGUACUGACACUCAGUGUUGCUGCUAUUUGGAGUUUCAUUUGUGUCGUCUGUCUUAUUUCUAGUGAAGUUUUAUAAUUGUUUACUUGUUUUUUGUAUGACUUCUUUUUGUCUAACACGCUCCUGCAAUAGCCCCAUAAAGGGGCUGCAGUAUGUAUUAAUAAAAUAAAUAAAUACAUAAGCCCUACAA